UUCUCCAAGGUGUGGAACAAUGGGUGCAGGAGGCAGAAUGUCGGUUCCACCGAGUCCAAAGAAACCAGCAGUCGAUCCACUGAAGCGAGUUCCGAUCACAAAGCCGCCACUCACUCUGAGUCAAAUCAAAAAGGCCAUCGCACCACACUGUUUCCGACGUUCCGUUUUACGCUCAUUCUCCUACGUAGUUUACGACUUCAUAUUGGCCUCUCUUUUCUACUACGUAGCCACCGGUUACUUCCACCGCCUUCCUCAGCCUAUCCGAUACAUAGCAUGGCCACUUUAUUGGGCCAUGCAAGGCUGCGUUUUGACUGGAGUUUGGGUCAUCGCACACGAAUGCGGCCACCACGCUUUCAGUAAUUAUCAGUGGCUUGAUGACACCGUCGGCCUCAUCCUCCACUCUUCACUCUUUGUACCAUAUUUCUCCUGGAAGUAUAGCCACCGUCGUCAUCAUUCCAACACCGGUUCCCUCGAAAGAGACGAAGUAUUCGUUCCGAAGAAAAAAUCCGGUCUAAGAUGGUGGGCCAAACACUUCAACAAUCCACCGGGCCGGUUGUUGUCAAUCACCAUUCAACUCACCCUAGGCUGGCCACUUUACUUAGCCUUCAACGUCGCCGGCCGGCCGUACGACCGAUUAGCUUGCCAUUAACCCUUACGGCCCAUCUUCUCCGACCGAGAACGUCUCCAAAUUUACGUCUCCGACGCCGGCGUCCUCGCCGCAGCCUACGUGGUCUACCGCCUGGUGUUGGCCAAAGGGUUACCGUGGGUAAUUUGUGUUUACGGAGUUCCAUUAUUGGUGGUAAACGCUUUCCUUGUAAUGAUCACGUACUUGCAACACACUCACCCUUCAUUGCCUCACUAUGAUUCUUCGGAGUGGGACUGGUUAAGGGGAGCUUUAUCGACCGUCGACAGAGAUUAUGGGAUUCUGAACAAAGUUUUUCAUAACAUUACCGACACACACGUUGUUCAUCAUCUGUUCUCGACAAUACCGCAUUAUCAUGCAAUGGAGGCCACCAAGGCGAUAAAGCCGAUACUGGGGGAAUACUACCAGUUAGAUGGGACACCAGUUUAUAAGGCAAUAUGGAGAGAGGCGAAAGAGUGUCUUUACGUGGAACCAGAUGAAGGGGACAAGAAAAAAGGUGUGUUUUGGUUUAGAAACCAGAUUUAAGUAUG